CCCUAACUCGCAAAUCACAUUCUUCUUGUUCAUUAGUAUUCUUAAUUCUUUAUCUCUUACUAGUUCUCGAAUUCGUCGUUGUAUGUAUGGAAGGGGAGAUGCAAAUAUAUCACGAGAAACAGAGAUUGCAGUUCUGCCUCUUGCACGCCCUUAACAACCUCUUUCAGGAAAAGGAUACAUUCACUCCAGCGGAAUUAAAUUCCAUUUCCGACAAGCUCGUCCUUAAUGACCCAAGCAAGGAGCGUUGGACUCCCCUCUCUGUAGUCUUCAAGCCGCACCAUAAUGCAAUCACUGGAAACUACGAUAUAAACGUACUAAUUGCAGCUCUAGAAGGGAAAGGGAAGGAGGUUGUUUGGCACGAUCAUCGGAAUGGAGUAUCCUCGAUCGACCUUACUGGAACUGAAGAUGCUUUGAUGGGUAUGGUGCUUAACAUUCCAGUCAGGAGGUUCAGUGGGCUUUGGAGAAGUAGGCAUUGGGUGACAUUGCGGAAGUUGGGAGAUAUUUGGUAUAACUUGGAUAGCGAUUUUACAGCCCCACAGCCAUUCAAAAGCACGGAGGAGGUGAAGGAUUUCUUGGAUAAAGUCAUUAGUGAAGGUGGGGAGGUAUUGCUAGUCUUGCACUGCAAACAGUGA